AUGUUCGACAUCUUUGCGAAGCUCCUCUCCUCCGUCGCGUCCUUCCUCUUCCCACUGUUCGCCAGUUACAAGGCCCUGAAGACCUCAGAUCCUGCGCAAUUGACACCAUGGCUCAUGUACUGGGUUGUCUUGGCCUGCGCGCUCCUCGUUGAGUCCUGGACCGACUGGAUUCUUGUUUGGAUACCCUUUUACGCCUACAUCAGGCUCCUUUUCCUGGUGUACCUCGUUUCCCCCCAGACCCAAGGCGCCCGUGUCAUCUACGAAGAAUACGUACACCCGUACCUAGAAGAGAACGAGGCGGCCAUCGAGGAGUUCAUCGCCUCGUCCCACGAGCGUCUCCGCCGUGCGGGUAUUGAAUAUCUCAACCAUGCCAUUGAGGUAAUCAGAACCAGUGUGUUCGGUCUCCCACCGUCUCCCGAGCCCGCGGCCGCAUCCGGGCCCCAGACCGCGGGGUCGUAUACCCAAACGCUACUGUCAAAAUUCACCCUUGCGACGCCGAAGUGGAAUACCACCAAGCCACCGCCAGCUCCGGCCCCCACCACCGGCGGCUUGACCUCGGACUUCUUCAACCUGCUUUCCUCCGCCGUCAGCACCGCAGCGUCGUCCGCCACAGCUGCCUCCACAUCCCGCGCUGCGCCGUCCGCCAGCGGCAGCAGCAGCAGCAGCAUCAUCCCCGAAUCGAUCCUCUCCGCCGGCACCGCCGCCCGCGUCUCCUUCAUCCAAGCUCAGCGCGAGCGCCUUCGUUUCGUCCUGUCUGCGCUCGACCGCGAGGAGGAGGCUGCUACGCGCCAACAUGAGGAAUCGGCUCAGGCUCGCGGCAUGCAGCACGACAAGCGGGAUUCUCUCGGCGAAGCUAGCGUCGGGAGCGGUUUGAGCAAGAGCCGGUCCGAAGGGGAUUUUGAGAAGUUGGACUUGCCCAGCGGCGGCGAGGAUGAGGGGGAUGGGGCUGCUGUGCGAAGACGGGGACAGGGACAAGGUGGGAGUUGGAUGGGUUGGGCUUGGGGGUCUGGGUCUGGGCCCGGCGAGGAGGCUGGGAAGAGUUCGGGGUUGGAGAAGUAA